AUACCUGUGGUAUACGGCCACUUCGUGCCCUUGCGCUGGUUGAGCCACGUGAUACGGCGUUUAGGCUCACGCGCCCUUAGCUCCGUUCUUGCGACCCCAAAUUUCGACGCGUCGCUCCACCUCAUCACACAUAUAUUAUAACCAACGGCUACACUUGCGAGAACCUUGGGUCUUCUGCCGGAUCUUGCAGCUAUCCAAUACCUCUUUUCAUAAUCAUCUUUAAUACAACUGAUCUUAAUCUUGGCAAUCUCGUCCAUCACCUGUCAGUGCGAUGAGCUCCGCACUUUCCUCGUCAGCCGCAGACGGCGUAGGCGACACGACCCUCUUUAUUGCCACGGCAGAUUCCUACACCAGUGAUGGACCCACGCUGCCGAUCAUUGGAGGCGCAGGAGAGCAUUCAGAUUGGGUGGCGCCUGACCCAGAAGAUCGACAGACAGAGAAAGACGCGCUUCCAAGGCCAGCGAAGAAGCAACGAGCCAAGGAUGACCUGUCAAAAGACUCAACCAAUCCGGAAGCUACUUCCAAAAAGUCAAAGGUUCAGGUCGAGGGAUUGUACCAACCCUGGACAUUGCUGCCUGUAGAAGUAUUGCAACAGGUCGAAAAGAGAGUGGGUCGAGAAUGGAGAGCAAAGGCCGAGGUGGUGGUGUGGACAAAGAACCAGAAUGUCAAGAGCGGAAUCAAUCGCCUCAAGAGCCUACUUGGUUUCGAAGAAGCUCCUGAGACGGGCGAGAAGAGUGGGCGUGAGGUUACAGGAAAUAGGAAAGACAAGUUGAUCGCGGUCUCAGCGUAUGGCGAGGGUACUACAAAACUAGUGGGCAUUGUUGAGAUGACGAAACGAGUUGUCGAUGGGGCCACGAAGGACUCGAGUGGGGUGACGUGGUUCAUGUACACGGUCCUCAGCAGCACGACCGAGAAAGACGUCAAGAAUAAGGCACCGGUGCUUACUGUAUGGCUCAGUCCUACGCGUAUCCCGGAGCUGAAUGUUACUUUCGGGGAGCAGACAUUCAAGGUUAAACGCACGACCGGCGUAGAUUGAUGAUAUAUUACUUCCAACGCUUCCGGGGGACUAUCUACGCAACCAUCUGCAUCUCCUCAACCCACCAAAAGUACCAGCUUUGAUAGCCCUUACUCUUGGCCAUCUGCGAUGUCGAGACGAGCAAUCCGAAGGUUAGUCGCCCGCUCGCUACCAACUGUGGGUAUUUGACACGCGCUUCGGAUCCGAUUCGGACACCCCAUCCGACCCUGAGAUACAGCCCAUGCAACGCGCGUGACUCUAUUUCGCAUACCAUUUCGGGGUUGUCCGUUGGUGUGUAGUAUUUAUGGUGGUUCGUUGUCUCAGGAAAUGGCGGCUCGUUUCCGCAUGCAAACAUAAAAGCGUACAGUAUGCGACUUAAUGAUACUGGGAGGCGCUCUUGCGGCUAUGCAUAUAUACUUCGGGGAUAUCUUCCGACAUAGUGAUAUGAUCUCCCGAAGAGAUUCGUAAGCGGUGGGUUGGUCUGCAAUU